GAUACUGACUGACGUGCCUGCCCCAACGGUCAUCUGUGCGGUCGUGUGGCCGUCCUCCUCGUCUCGUCUCGCUUCCGUGUCCCGCGUUCCCUAAUUUUUUUGGUCGUCGUCGUCGCCUGGCGUCUCGAAAAGUCUACCAGCCAAACCACCAUUGGAUAAAAAAGGCCACCGGAGCAACCGCCGUUAUUGUUACCGUUAUAGGUAUAAUUAUAGCCAGAAGACCGCCAUUCGAAUGGCUAAAUAAUUGAGUGAACGAUAUGCCCCGCCCACGGAUCCAGAGCUGCUGCGAUUUGCGUGAAAAGCCCUGGUCUUAGCAUAGCUCCAAGUCCCAAGAAUACGUCAAAUCCGAAUCCGUAUCCGAAUCGGAGUGCGAGCAUCCUUGCUGGAGGAUUCGCUCGGAGGAACGUGUGUGCGCGUCCCAUGGCAGAACUGGUGCCGCUGCCUCUGCCUGUGCCUGUGCCCCGCUAGCUAACCGGAAACGGAAACGGCGAAAUCGCAACGGAACCGAAAUCGAAAUCGAAACGAAAUCGGAAUCCGUAUUCCAGUACGCAACGGAUACCGUAGUCGAGCACGUAACCGAAACCGAGAGGAAUUGAAGGCAUCCGCAAGGCAUGGACACCGCGGCCGCCGCCGCCGCUACAGUCGUCGUUGACCUGAAGCCCGAGGCCAGCGGCAAGACGCCGCUCCUCAGCAGCCCGCUGCUGUCCAAGACCAGUUUCUCCAAUUCUGGAUGCGAGUGCCUGGGCAGCACAGUGGAGGCCAUGUCGGUGACACCGCCACCAACGCCUCCAGCGCUGCCAGCGCGCUCCUCCUGUGAUGCCCAUGUCGAGCCAAUAAGCCACAGUGCCCAACCGGAGACACAUCCGUCGAACGGACUCAAGGGCAAGGAGGUGGCCGAAGUGGCGCCAACGCCUGCACCCACGGAGCCCGGCCAGCCGGAGAGGGAAAUGCCAGCCACAUCAACGUCUUCCGCCAAAGCUUCCACAACGCCAACGUCUGCCUUGCUCGCAACAUCCGCAACGGGAACGGAGCAUCAAUUAACGGCUGGAACGGCCACCAAUACUCCGCCAAUGGUCAGCAGCAGCAGCAUCUCCGAUAACGGAGACGGUGCUAGAGCUGACAUUGGCCAUUGUGGGAGUAUUGGUGGCCGGUGCAGCUCUAGCCCUGCCUCCGUUUGCGGUCCCAACUCUGGUCCCAGUGUUGACCAGCUGCUACUUUGGCAGGACAUGCCGCAGUACCUGCAAUUCAAUCCGUACGUGCUUCGUGGAUACCGGCCGCUGCAGACCUUCAAGGGUUGCCUGCUCAGCCUUUUCUACUGGCACAACGAGACCAUCAACAUACUGACGCACGCCAUACCCAUCUUCUACAUCCUGGCCAUCGUGCCCGGACUGAUGCCCUGGGACAGUGGCUACAAGUUUCUGUCCUUCUGCCAUGUCUUCGGUUCGGUGGCUCCCUGGUGUGGAAGCUUCGUCUAUCACCUGUUCAUGAACAUCGAGAAGGGCGAGAAUGUUUACUACACGCUCCUCAAGCUGGACAUGGUCGGCAUCUGGGUGAGCCAGAGCUUUGGUGCCCUGCCCCUGGUCACAGCCACAACAUUGUGCUUCCCGCCCGUGCUCAAGUGGCUGAUCAUUGUCUCCUAUUGCCUACUCUCGCUGUGGGGCCUCUACAAGGCUCUCACUGCCAGUUCACCCUGGCAACGUCGCUUAUGCUUCGCUUUACCCUUCGGCAUGCGCUCCAUCCUGACCUUCCUGCGCAUCCGGGGAAUGGUGGGCGGCAGUCAUAUGGCUCUUUCCCAUGUCUACCUGCAGGUUGAAGUUGACGGCGUCUCGAUUCUGGGUGGUGCCAUUGGUGCGAUGCGAAUACCGGAGAAGUGGUUUCCGGGUGUGGUGGACUUCUAUCUGAACUCUCACAACAUCAUGCAUGUCCUGGUUGUGGUUGCUGUUUAUUCCAUGCACAAGGCCACCAUCAAGGACUUCGAGUGGAUGUCAACGCAAACCUGCAACACAGUCUCCAAUGUCACCGAGGAGGCGCUCGGCCAUGUGGAGCUAUGACCCGCUUACUGGCUGCUGCCGUUGGUGCUGCUGCCCUUGCCUUGGAUGCUGUUAGUUAAGCGACGAGCUCGGUCUCACAUAAUCCGCGCCCUGAUCGCCCCCAUAGCCUGGCGGAGGCGGAGGCGACCACCCGUCGAGGGGUGAAAGCGCGCUCUCCGGGUGACUAGAGGUGACACAAUAAGGAUCUAAGGAUCACAGGAUCGAUCACCGAACACUGAACAUACCGAACAUACUGAACAUAGUGAAAAGACAAACGCUAUUGAAUAUACCGUGUAUAAAAUAGAGCGCCGAUGCUGUUGCAGUAACAAUA